GUCUGAAUUUCGGUAUUUAUAAGCGCUACUAGCGUAGACGAGCUACCAGAAGCUAUACAACGUUAAAGAGCUACGUUGAACAUUGCUGGUCCCUUUCUCCCGCACUGUUCCCCCCCCCCCUCUCGCCCCUCUUUCCCCCCGCCUCAGCCACUCGGAGCGCCGUGACGGUCGCCUGAAGGUUGACGAUGACCUUUGUCGCCUCCCCAAGCUUCCCCGGGUAAGGGUCCACUACGUCCGGGUAGUGACCAUUCUGGGCAUAGAAGCCCGCAAUGGCCAUCGCCCGCGACGUGCGAACCUCUGCGAGAGCCACCUCGAGAGUCCUUUCCGCCGAUACCAAGGCUUGGCAGUCCAGGCGCGUUGGUGCGGGCGGCGCAGGGGGAACCUUGAUGGGCUGCGUGAAGGGCACCUUGAUCCCCUCGGCCUGCUUUUUGAGGUCGUUCACCUUGGCGGGCAGUCCCUUGGCCUCGGUGUACUUGACGUCGAGCUUCUCGGGGUCGAAGCUCUGCCAAGUGGUGCCAGGCUUGUUCUUGUCGAUGAUGAGGUCGACAAUCCAGACCUUGCACUCCGGGGUCCUCCCACCGGGCACUGCGAGGGAGCGUCGCGAAGUCAGAUUGGGCGUCUUGACUACUCGCCGACGCUCAUCCACACUCACUCCUCGUCCUAGCCCCGAAGGGCUUCCUCCUCUCUACGCAGGGGUCGCGCAUCUUGUCCCCCACGCGAAUGCACAGCUUGCCGUGCUCCUCGCAGUGGGUGCAAGGGCGGACGAAGGCGACCUUGUCCGUGUCCUUGACGCGGUAGACGAGGUUGUACUUGCGUGCGUCGAUUGCGUCGAGCGGCUCCAUGUUUGCCCGUCCCCACUUGAUCCGGGGCAACUGCUCGGGGAGGCAGUUGCGGGAGAUGACCUUGGGCACCUCGGUGACGGCAGGGGGCGGCUGAGUACGCCAAGGCCUCUCCUCCAUGACGGCCUUCGUGUACUUGUCUAGACCGCGCUCGCCAUAGACGUCGAUGCUGGCCGAUGAGGAGGAGGACGAGGGGCGAGAGGCGGAUCGAGAGGCGGUGCGAGGAGGGGGACGAGGGUCCGAGCGAGGGGCGCGACGAAAGUCGAGGCCUUGGGGCAGGUCGUCGUCGUCAUCGUCGUCGCAGAGGUCGUCUUGCCCGCGCGGGGGCUGGGCCAGACGAGAGGGUCCAGCCGAGCGCGA